GCGACGCAUUCGGAACCCCGUUUUGCUGAUUAUCAGCUGUUGCGUUUGCGAACGUGGGCCGUUUAUCGGUGCGAGUAGAGUACUUGUCCCGGUAGUUUAGUGCCAUACGUACCGCGGGCACCGUAACAGGUGGAGUGCUUUUCAGUGUGCUGAUCGGGUUGCCUUCUAAGGACAUUCGCCCAUACAUAUCACAAAUGUUGUCCAAGCUAGUGGCCGAGUUCGGUGAGUUGCCGGUGUCGCAGAAGGUGCUCCUGGUGGCGGCCGGUGUCGGUAGCAUUGCGAUGCUAUCCGCCGGCGGCUAUCUGGUGAAAAAGCGCAUCGAUAACACCCCGCCCAAGCAGUGGCGGAAGGCGGGCGAACUCGCUGAGCUGUACGUCUAUCCGAUCAAGUCGUGUGCGCCUGUCGUGAUGCAGCAGAUCGACUGUGCGGACCUUGGACCGCAGCGCAACUUUCUGCGUGACCGCAUCUUCAUGGUCACGAACGCGGACGGGAAGUUCGUGACCGCGCGGAUGAAGCCGAAGCUGGUUCUGGUUCAGCCACGGUUUGAUGAGCGGUAUGAGACCAUGUUCCUGACCGCACCCGGUAUGCCUGAGCUGCGGGUGGACGUGCGUACCUUAGCGGCGGGACCGUCCGAGGGCGGCGAAACGAUCCGGAGCACCGUGUGGGGCGAACAGGUGCCAACGGUUGAUUGUGGCAAUGAGGUGGCGCGCUGGUUUUCGCGCUACCUGCUCGAUAAGGAGGAUGGCUACCGGUUGCGGUACUAUCCGCUUACGUACACCAGCCGCCAGAGGAAUGGCGGUGAUACGGGUUCGCUGCAGGACGAAACGAGCUAUAUGCUGUUCAAUGAGUCGAGCGUUGCGGAUCUAAACCGCCGGUUGGAGAACAAGGUGACGGUGCUUCAGUUCCGGCCAAACUUUACCGUGCGUGGACCGGAACCGUACGCGGAGGAUCGUUGGCGGUGGGUGCGCAUCGGGGAGGUUGUGUUCCGGAUGGAGAAACCGUGUCUGCGCUGUGUCUUCACCACGAUCGAUCCAACCUCCGGUGUGUUCCAUCCCGAUAAGGAACCGUUGCGUACGCUCAAGCAAUACCGCCAGCUGCCAUCGUGUGGUGAAUCGCCCGCAUUCGGCAUCCAUCUCGGGUUGCGCCGUGCCGGUGAAAUCAAGCUGGGCGAUCCGGUAUAUUUCGCCUAACGGGCCGCCCUCCUUGGUGUUUUCUUUCCCAAAACCACAACAUUCCAGGUCGGUGGUUUUCUUUUCUUUCGGGGAAGAGAACCUGGACACACUCACACUCCGGAUUAGGUUGAAUAGCCGCAUAGUGCAUUUAAAUUAACAAUAAAAGCAGUAGAGCACAAAAACGCCAUGGCGUGUGUGGG